AUGGCGACUCUCAAAAAAUUCCGUUAUUACCUGCGAGAAACGCAGCCCGCGUCCAUCCCCCUCGCUCCCAGCCGUCCGACCCAGGCUGUGUAUGAGUUCUCGUUGAAGAUCCCUUUGCCCGAGGCAGCAGCGCACCUGGGAGCGCCGCCUGACAAGCAUUUCCAAGUCAAGUGUGAUGCGGCGCCUUUGCUGUGUGUGGAAGCGAUGCUGCUCGAGUGGAUGGCUGAGCCUCGUGUGGGCGUGCUCAUGGACCUGGGGAGGAUCAGAUCCCGCCUGCCUGCUAUUCUAAGCGCCGCAGAUGCCCGAACUACUAGAAGAGCUUCCCCUGCUGCUGCUUCUUCUGGUUCCUCUUCCUCUGUUGGAGCCUCUCCAGCAGGGUCCUGCUGCUGGCGCUGCAGCAGCUGCUGGGCUGCCUACCGCCGGGCCGUCAGCUUUGCUGCCUGCCUCGUGCUUGUAGCGAGGUGCCCGCGGAUUGUGACCCUAUGCAGGGCGCAUGCCGCAACUUCGAAGGCGUAUCCAGCCAUUGUGACUGCGCUAGGGGCACGCAGGCAGAUGGAGACGGACCCUUUUGCUUCCAUGCUGGUUCAGAUCCUUGGUGUGAAAGAAUCCUGGGACCUGGAGGAGGGAUUUGGUGCUCUCAUGCAGAACCUGCUGUCUGGUGGGCUGGAGAAGGCGCAUGCAGAGAAGGAAGGGAGAGGGGGGACAGGAGUUGGAGGGCAGAUGGAGCAUGAUGGGAAUGAAGAAGGGUCAUGGAUGGACAGUGGUGGCAAGGAUGAUAGGGAUGGGGAGGGCGGGCAGUGGACGGAGCAUCUGAAGGGGCUCUUCACGUAUCGUGCUGCCUGCAUUCUGCGCUGGGCCCGCACCUAUGGGUUUGAAAUGGUCCCAGCUAGUCAAUGCUGCAAGGGCAGCCCCCAGGGGAAGGUCCGGCCCAUGCGUCACCCGCUUCGGGACCUCCCGAGCCUGCUGGUCGGGCUUGGCGCCAUCCCCAAGCCUCUGGACCAAGGCGAGUUUCCCUUGGAGUGGGAAGAGUGGCCUCGGGGCGAGGAAGUUACUGCGAAGCUUCCUGAUGAUGCCAGUGCUAGGUUCUUCCACCUGGGGAUAGUGGAGGAAGCGAGGGGGACAGUGGGGGAGCGUGGGGCAGGAAAGAAGGGCGGACAGGGGUCAAAUGCAGGAGGUAAGAUGGGGGACGCGAGGGGGAAAAGAGGAGAUAAAGGGAGGGGCAGGCAGGAGGGAAGGAGGAGAGGGCGUGGGGAAGAAGCGAGAGUUGGAGGAGUGGAGUGUGACUUAGACGAGAGGCUGCCACAGCAGCUGCUCACAAGGCUGCUGCCGCUUGUGCAGAGAAAAUACCCCAUCGUUCGCUGCACUGCCGAUGCCGAAUUCCUGGUGGAGUUUGCGGGGUAUAUGGUGAAGCCUCCUGCAUGCGCUGAGUGCAAGCAGUGUUUUGCUCUCUACCGCCGUAACAUCCCCUUCCUCGCGGUCAUUGCCAACUACGCCUACCGACCUGCCUCCAUCCUUUUCAAGCGCUUUGUAUCCAUCUUCCCUCCUCUCUCUCCCGAAUUCGACCAGCUCGCCGCGCAUUUAGCUUGCUCCUGUGCUCUUCCUCUUGGCGGUGGCCCACAAAUGGGCUUCCCCCAUCCUGGGAACCACUGGUCGCACGUUCCUGCACAGGCCGCGAGUCGCAAAGGAAGAGGACGGCGGGGUGUGGGAGGAGGUGCAGAUGUGGUGCCGGGCGGUGGAGUUGGCAUGGCAGGGCUGCAUGACGCUGGGGGGCGGGGCAUUGCGUUGGAUGUGCAAGGGAGAAAAGAAGUGGGCCGGCUGGUUUGGAGCGGAGGGAGAGGAAACGACGAGUGA